GUAUGAGUUGAAUAAAAUUGAUUGGAGUUAGUUGAAGACAUGGGUGACUCAGUGAAAUUAACUUAUAGACUUUUACAACGUUCUGAUUUAGAGGUUCUUAAGGAGAUGCAUAAAGAUUUGUUUCCUGUCAGCUAUGAAGACGCAUUUUUUGAGAAAUUUGUAAACGGAAGUGACGAUGUAUCUAGGCUAUCUUGGGGCAAGUGUUACGAUCAAGUUAUAGAUAAAGUUAAUGACGGAGGCGAGGAAUAUUCACUAUUUUGGGGUUGGGGAGCAGUUGAUGGCAAUAAACUUAUUGGUUUUGCUACUUUCAAAAUUGUGAUGGCUAAAGAUUGGAAGGAGGCCGAUUUGAUGCCAGCGAAAAAGUUUGACCCGUCAAAACCAGACCAGACUCUACUUUAUAUCCUUACUGUAGGAGUCUCUGAGGAUGUUAUAUAUAGGCGUCAUGGAAUCGGAACUUCUCUAAUCCGCACGGCCAUAAAAGAUGCGAAAAGCAGGCCAUCUUGCCAAGGAGUUUGCCUUCAUGUCCUCGCUACCAAUAAGGCUGCUAUCGCUUUAUAUAAGAAAUUGUCUUUCAAGCGUGUAUGGACAUUCCUUUUUUAUUAUCCUAACAUCCCCAACGACGAUCCUGGUGAUGCAUGCUUAUACGUACGCUACCUGAAUUCUCGUUCACCUCUGUCCUUUUGCAAGUCUCUCUGUUCAUAGUGGAAAGGUGAAGAAAGACAUUCGGCCUAGUGUUUCAAACUUCAAAUAUACUAGUAUAUAUAGAAGCAAGCUUCUCGCUAGCUACUAUAUGAAGAAUUCUAUUAGUUUAUAGCUUCCGUAUACUAUACGUAAACUGCUUGCUUCUAGCAAUUGUAAAUGAAACUCCGAUCGGAAUUUGCAAACAUUAUCUCAUCUCGUUAUAUAUGUAUCUUGCAUUCUCGCUCUUCGUCUUCAUUAAGAUCGAUGGUUAGAGACUUAGAAAAGAAAUCAUAUUUAAUUUCAUCAUUCG